CUUGUCCAAGAGAGUCGCUAGAUUUGGGGAAAAAAAAGUCGCUAAGAUGGCAACACUGGACUUGAACUAGGAAGGACGCAGCCUUCCAUUUGAGAAACACCCGAGUCGGUUAUAUAUCCGCGCCUGACGUGAUUUCCGUCCUUUGUAUUAGCCCUGCUGUUCGCGCGUCGCCGCACUAGGGGGCAGCACUCGCUCCCUCGCGUUCAGCGUCUCCGCGCUCUUGAUUCUCCAGCAGAAGAAAAGCCUCCCACCGUCUUUCUUUUUUUCAAAAUGGCCGAAUACUUGGCGUCGAUUUUCGGAACAGAAAAAGACAAGGUUAACUGCUCUUUCUACUUUAAAAUUGGAGCAUGUCGCCAUGGAGACCGAUGCUCGAGACUCCACAACAAGCCCACCUUCAGUCAGACCAUCGCUCUGCUGAACAUUUACCGGAACCCACAGAACACCGCUCAGUCUGCGGAUGGCAUAAAUGCUGUCAGUGACGUGGAGAUGCAGGAACACUAUGAUGAGUUCUUUGAGGAGGUCUUCACUGAAAUGGAGGAGAAAUAUGGAGAAGUUGAGGAGAUGAAUGUGUGUGAUAAUUUAGGAGAUCACUUGGUGGGAAAUGUCUAUGUGAAGUUCCGCCGUGAAGAAGAUGCAGAGAAAGCGGUGAUUAAUUUGAAUAACCGCUGGUUUAAUGGCCAGCUGUCACUGAUUUCAGAGAGUCACCUGUCCGAUUUCAGGGAGGCAUCAGCCCCCCUCGUCACUGAUUUCAGAGAGGCCUGUUGUCGACAGUAUGAAAUGGGCCUGAGCAACUGUCCCGUUGCACAUGAUAUGUUGAUUCAGGUGAAGAGAGUGCACUCCAUCAGCAACCUCAAACACCUGAAGCCAAUCUCAAGGGAACUCCGAAGAGAACUGUAUGGCCGCAGGAGGAAGAGGCAUCGCUCCCGUUCACGUUCCCGUGAACGUCGUUCUCGCUCAAGGGAACGCAAUAGAGGAGGAGGAGGAGGAGGAGGUGGAGGAGGAGGAGGAGGAAGAGAACGAGAGAGACGGAGGUCAAGAGAUAGAGAACGCUCCGGACGCUUUUAAAAUGUCCUUCUUUCUUGAAAACAACAUUCAAUCCCAAACCCUGCCCUAGUCUUUCCUGUUGAAAUGUGAUAAAUGUUGGUUUUAUUUCCUCCCCGAUUUCUUUGUCCGCUGACCUUUUUAUGCGAGAUUUGUUUGCUUUUCAAUAAAGAUACCUUCAUCAUUUUA